CGGGAAUGGAGGAUUGGAGAGCAUGGGGAAUGCGCAUGCUCUCUGCGCAAAGAGUCAGUAGCAAAAUGAACGUGCGCUACCUGAGCUCAGCGGGCGAGCCCAUGAGCGGCCGGUACAGCGCUGCGCCUGUGUCUGGCGCCCUCUGGCGGUUGGAGGGGGAGCCACAGCGGCAGGAGGGCUGACCGCCCGCACGCGAAAUUACACAGUCAAGGUGUCAUGAAGCGAUUAUGGGGCCUGCUGGGGACUCUGGAGCGAGCCCGGUUCUGCCAGCCCCAGACGCGCCGUGUGACGGGGGAUCGUGGCCCCCAGCCCCCUGGACGCGCCGCGUGACAGGGAUCUCAGCCCCCAGCACCACGGACACGCCCACAGCCCGGUGAACACACUGAAUGCAUCCGAUGAAGUGAGCUGUAGCUCACGAAAGCUUAUGCUCAAAUAAAUUUGUUGGUCUCUAAGGUGCCACAAGUCCUCCUUUUCUUUUUGCGGAUACAGACUAACACGGCUGCUACUCUGAAAACUGCAAGGUGGGGGUCUCCACUUGCCCCAUCGCCAGCGGCGUGCCAGUGACACUGACUAUCCCAGUGCCAGCGAGAGACAAGUGAUGAUGUGGUUCUGUAAGCGGCCGGUCCGCUGUGACCCUGCCACCAGUCACUGGGGACCUGCGGAAGUGCAUCUAGUACUGUGUUUCCAGGGCUGUCAGCGGCGGAUGCUCAACGGAGGACUCUUCCCUUGGGAUGCUCCUUGACGUGUGCCACUGGAGUCUGGGGCUGUCCAUAAUUUAUAUAACACACUUUUGGUGAUUUUCAAGACUCACCCUUUGUAACAUUGAAACAAACAUGGAAAAUUACGGAACCCAUUGAAUGCAAUACGUAAUUUUUGGUGAACACCAGAACUACCUUCCAAGCUAGGGUAACCAUAUGUCCCUAUUUUAUAGGUUCAGUCCCGAUUUUGGGGUCUUUUUCUUAUGUAGGCUCCUAUUACCCCCCACCCCCUGUCCCAAUUUUUCACAUUUGCUGCCUGAUCACCCUAUUCCAAGCUUUCUCUGUUGUGAUGACUGAAUAUGUUGGGUCAAUUCUUGGUCCCAAUGAAGUCAAAGAGAGUUUUUCCACUGACUUCAGUGAGAUCCGAGCCAAGCUCUUAGGACCUGAUCCAAAGGCCUUUGCAACCAAUGGGUGGUUUUCUUUUACUUGGAUAAGGCCCUUGAGGGUGGUAGAGUUGUGCGUUUAUGGCAGGUGCAUUCUCUGUGCAGGAUGGGACAUUAAUAACAUUUUAUGUCUCUGAAAAGUGUUUUAUAUGUUUGUUGGAAGCACUUAAUGAUACCUACAGUUUGAUAGUUAUCAUAUUAGCUAAUAAAUUAAAGCAUUAUUUACAUACAUUUGGAAUACAUCAAAAUGCACUGCUGAGAACAUGGAAAAGAAUUGUUUAAGAUUUGAGGUCCAGAAUGACACUGCAGGGAUCCCUGCUUCAAUUAUUUUGAUGUAAAUAGCGUUGAUAACAAGUUCAAAUCAGUUAUUUCUGGAUUAGAUAUCUUGAUACUGGGCCCAAAACAGCCUCUAUAGAUCUGAAAACGAUCCUAUAUGGGUAUUUUUGUCCAGGACUGAGCUAUGCCACUAUACAUUUGUUUACUAAGGACAGAUGAAGAAAAACAACUAACUUUGCUUCCUCACUUAACUAACUCACUACUCACUUCAUCCAUUCAUUAUGCUUCACUCUAUUUUUCAUAGUAUAUUUGAAUAUAAAUUUUGCAGUGCUGCCCAACUACAUGAAAGCUGGCCUAGCUUCUACAUGGGAGCUGUUUCGUUUAAGAAACUUCAACAUGGAAAUAUCGGGAAUGUCUCAUGUUUUAGCUGCUUCUAUGAACUUCUCUAUAAUGCUACUGUAGGUAAAGUGGAAAUUCGUAUGUUCGGCCACAUUCCUGACUUUCUGACUCAUUUUGCACAACAGUCAUCCAGCAUUAACGGAACAAAUUGAUUUUACAUUACAGGACUGUAAAUACAUAAAGUCUAGCAAGUGAGUAAAGUACAUGCAAUAAUCAUCUACCAGUACUUUAAAAAGCCUCUAGAUUACUCUAUAAUUUAUGUGUUGUCUCAAUAAUGAGUUAUCUGUGUUGACUAUCUUAUACAUUCUCAAUGCACAAAAAAUUAACAGCAUCAUAAGGAGGCCUGAGCAUAGCCUUUCUGUUGUGAAUUGACCCCAAGAUGUAUAUUCUUCCAAACUACCUCAAUUUAUCCAUAUUUGCCAAUGCAGGACUCUGGCUGAGAUUCUGAUCUCACUUAUACUGGUAUUACAUCCAAUGUAAUUACAUUAACUUUAAUGAAAUUACUGCUGAUUUAAACCAUUGUGAAAUCAGACUCAGACCCCAGGUGUGUACAUAAACUGCAAAACUGGGUGUAGUUUUUCAAUUUAAAAAGAAAAAAGUCUGCAUUAUCCUUGUAUUAUGCAUAUGUACUAGUGCUGGUUAUGAUUAUGUGACAAGAAGGGAAUUAGUGGAUUCAGGGGUCAGCAACAAUACGAACAUUUCUGUGUUCUCAAAUGAGAAUUUUUUUUUCCUUACUAUCAGCUUGUUCUAAGCCCACUGUAGGGAAGGUUCUCUGCACUAGUCCUGUCCAUCAUACUGAAUGGUGUCUCUGGAACCUCACCACACUUUGUAAAGUAACAUAGGCAAAGGUAUGUCACUGUGAACAAAAUUUAUUAUUAUUAAUUUAUGUUUAUUACAGUAGUGCCCGGAGUCCCUGUUUAGAAUGGGGACCCCAUUGUGCUUUAUACCAUACAAACACAUAUGAAGAUGGGGCAAUGGAGCUAUGACAAUUUGUCUCACCCUCAUUUUACAAUCUAAUAAAAUUCAUUUGAUCAGAGUGGUUAAAGGAAAGGCAGAGAUACUGGAAGCUUAUGGUCCUUAGCCUGUGGUCUAAUCUGCGAUGAGUUUAGUUUAAUCACUUGUGCCUCAAUAACUAUAGCUGGAUAAAUGGAUAAUAAAAUAACCAGGAUUUAACUCAAUCUGCAUCUGAGCUGUGUUUUUGUAGGUAAAUAAAUUAAGUGGAGAAAAAAUCCAGUUUGCCACUCACCCUGUGGCUGUGGUUUAACUGGCUAGAUACUAAUGUCCUUGAUGGCAUUACUCAGAGCUUCUUGGUCAGACUUGUCAGCAUUGACUAUGAUGCUGUGUCUCCAGCUUCUGUGUUAAAAUGGAAAUUAUUAAAAGACUAGGAUUGGCUAUCAUGGAAUCUGUAAAUCUUGGCGUCACAUCAGGCUCACUAUGUCUACAAAAGUUUGAAUAGUGAGAGAUUGGGAGCUAUUUUGUGACACAUAGCGAUGUGACAAAAUCUGUCACUGUAGAAGACUAAAUAUUUGUACAACAGCUAAACCUUUCUUGGUUUUAUUUCUUUUUAACUGUAUUUAUAUAUGUUAGUAAAUUUUGUUAAUACAGCUAGUGAGUCUAAAUUGGCAGAUCAUUUAUUUUCUCAACAAGAGCUGUUUGAACCAAUCAAGGCACAGAUAAUCUUAUUAUACCAGUCAGACCUCAUGUUACUUUUGAUGAGAUUCUAGAGAAGUCAUGCAUAAUACUUUCCUGGGGGGUGGAGUCUGCUUAUGUUACAGUUGUACGAGGUCAGACCUUAAUUUAACUUCCAACUGCAUAUUUAAUUUUAGAAAAAGCACAAGACACACCACUGUGCAGGGUACUAUUCCUGUCUGUUCAAAAUACAGGCUCCUGAGUAACAAUGACAAGAUGAGGGAUUGAAAAGUGCAAUAUUCACAUUUCAUCAGAUCGUCAUCACCUCAACACAGCAUCUGACCAGCAGUGAUAUAGCAAGUCAAGCACCCAAAGCAUUUAUAAACCUCCGUCAAUGUCCACCACAUGCACUUUGCUCAACUUUCAUAUAAGAUGAUGGAAGGAAAUGAGGACUCUAUUGAAGACCAUCUCACUGCUUAUGCAAUUCAGCUUAGUAUUCAAGAAUCAAUUGAAGCCAGUCAACCAACAUCUUCCCAUUACCAUGAAAGAUUUGUACCACCCAGUGAUCAAAAUAGGAAACUUAUAGCAGCCAUAAGAGAAGGCCAAGUAUUUGAUCUUCAGAACUAUGUGAAACAUAAAUAUGCUUUGGAUGAAGCUGAUGAAAGAGGUUGGUUCCCACUUCAUGAGGCUGCAGCUCAGCCAAUUCAGCAAAUACUUGAAAUCAUUCUGGAUGCAUCUUAUAAAUCAAUGUGGGAAUACAAAACAUGUGAUGGAGAAACACCAUUAACUUUGGCAGCAAAAGCUGGUUUUGUGGAAAAUGUCAGAACGUUAUUGGAAAAGGGUGUUUGGCCUAAUACCACAAACAAUAAAGGAGAAACUCCUCUUCUCAUUGCUGUGAGACAGGGCUCUUACGAAAUGGUAUUGAUUCUGAUUCAAUACAACUGUCGUAUCCACCAGCCAUGUGUAAAACGCUGGUCAGCAAUGCAUGAAGCUGCAAAACAAGGCUGCAAAGAGAUUGUUUCUCUGCUUCUGAAGAAUGGAGGAAAUGUGCACCUGAAAGAUGGUUAUGGGGUAACACCAUUAGGAGUUGCUGCUGAAUAUGGACACUGUGAUGUACUGGAGCAUCUUAUUCAUAAAGGUGGUGACGUUCAUGCUUUAGCCGAUGAUGGUUCAUCAGUACUGUUUGAAGCAGCUGGAGGAGGUAAUCCAGACUGUAUAGCUCUUCUUUUGGAAUAUGGAGGAAGUGGUAACGUGCCUAAUAGGGCAGGACAGCUCCCUAUACACAAAGCUGCUUAUGAAGGACAUUAUCUGUCACUGAAAUAUCUAAUUCCAGUUACAUCCAAGAUUGCAAUCCGGAGAAGUGGGUUAAGCCCCAUUCACUCAGCAGCAGAUGGCCAGAAUGUGCAGUGUCUAGAACUCCUAAUUGAAAACGAUUUUGAUGUCAAUACUCUUCUGGCUGAACACAUUUCUGAAAACUACGAUGAUGAAAGGAAAACGGCACUCUAUUUUGCUGUUUCUAACAAUGACAUUCUCUGCACAGAAGUGUUACUCAAAGCUGGUGCAGACCCAAACGAGGAUCCUCUAAAUUGUCUUCUUGUAGCAGUAAGAGCUGGUAACCAUGAAAUUGUACGGUUGCUUCUAUCCUAUGGAGCAAAUGUCAAUUGCUACUUCAUGCUCGUGAAUGACACCCAUUUCCCCAGUGCCAUUCAGUAUGCUUUGAAUGAUGAGGUAAUGCUAAGGCUGUUGCUGAAUCAUGGAUAUAAUGCAGAGAGGUGUUUUGAUUGUAUGCAUGGCGACAUCUUUGGAAGUUCUUUUGUGUGGUCACUUCCAGAAGAGGAGGUGUUACCAGGAUGGACAUCUUGUGUAGUAAAAGAUACUCCAUUCUGUGCCUUUCUUUCAGUUCCUUGGUUGAAACAUUUAGUUGGAUAUGUGAUUCGCAUUUUGAUAGACUAUAUGGAUUAUGUGCCUUUGUGCUCAAAACUAAAGUGUGUCCUAGAAGCACAGGAAGAAUGGCCAGAGGUACGUCAGAUAUUAGAGAAUCCUCGUCCAUUAAAACAUUUGUGCCGCCUCAAAAUACGUAAACUGAUGGGACUAAGGAGACUACGGAGACAAGCAUCAAUGGCGAAGCUUCCUCUUCCACCAGUUCUAAAGGACUAUAUCCUAUAUAAAGAAUAUGAUCUGUAUGGAAAGGGGCUAAAUUUAGCCUAAAUAUAAAAAAGUCAUUUAAAACUUGUAAAUUAAUUCUUUAGACUUUUUGGCUAGAUUGAGAAUUAUGUAGUAUUGUUAUAUGUACUCAAAACAUUUGAUAUUUGCUGUAAAUAGGCCUUUUAUGGGAACCCUUUUUUAAAAAAUGUGGUCUGUAAAACUCAAUUUUUUUUCUGUUUUUACUUAACAUUGUGUCUUGAUAUUCUAAGAGCAUGGAAAAGGAGAUGAUAGUCAUUGUGCAACCCAGAACCUCCUGGAUUGGAUUUUAGGUGAGUAAUAUGUACAGUUCAACCUGGUAAAAAAGUGUUUUUAAUGUCUACUACGAGCAGAGUUUUCUUAGUGGGUUCUCUCUUGAAGAUGAUAAAAGAGAUCAUGUUUAAAAUGCUGAUUUAUUUUAAAAAGCGUAUAUAUGGAAAUUAGAUGUAUGAUGAAAACAAAAAUGUUCCCUGUUUCAUUUGUAUGAUAACUUUUGACUCAAGCCACCUUUCAUGUAUUUGGCUUGAAAAUAUAAUAUUGUACAUUUUAAAUUGUGGUCCUACUGUUAAGUGCUCCAAAAAUAAUAAAACAGUUCACUUUUUUAUUUAGAUCUAAAGAAGUCAAACACAGCAAUCAUCCUUUUUAUUCAUACUGUAAAGCUUUAGGGGAAAGAUAUUAUGGAUUAGCCUUCUAUGGAUUUAAUAUUCUUUGGCAACAAUUGUGCAUGUCAGAGAAGUUCACUGUUAAGUCGGACAGCCACCCAAAAUAUUGCAAGCCCAGAGUUGUGCCUUUUGCUCAAAAGCCUCUGGUAGAAACUUAUUUGGACUGUUUAGUGAACACUGGAGUCUUGUCAUCAGUUUCACACAGUGAGUGGGCUACACCCAUUGUGCAAAUGAUCAAGAAGGAUGGCUCAGUCUGAAUUUGUGGCGAUUUCAAAGUGACAUUGAAUUCAGUUUUAUGUGCAAACCAGUUUGACCACUACCUUGUAUUGAAGAUUUGUUCGCUAAUCUUAGUGGUGGAUAGUGUUUCAAUCAAUUGUAUUUGCUCAAUGCAUACAUACAAAAGGAGAUUGAUCUGAUAUCUCAUAAAUAUCUCACAAUCAGCAUGCAAAAAGGCUUAUUUUGUUACAACAGGUUGCCUUUUGGUAUCACAUCAGCACCUGCCCUGUUCCAGAAAGCCAUGGAUGAGAUUGUGAAGGGACUGAAUGGAGUUCAAAGUGCUAUUUGGAUGACAUCCUUGUUACAGGAAAGGAUCAAGAGGAUCAUCAUCAGAAUUUUGAUGCUCUUUUAAGGUUUGGAAGACCAUGGACUGAGAAUACAUUGAGACAACUGUGAAUUUUUCACACCUUCAGUUGGAUACCUUGGACAUGUAAUUGAUGUCAAAGGCUUAAGGAAAUUGCCAGAGAAAGAGAAGGCAGUUCUUCAAGCACCCCUGCCAGAGAAUGUGUCACAGUUACAUUCAUUCUUAGGACUCCUUAACUCUUAUGGUAAAUUUCUGACUAAUCUGGCAACAAUAUUGGCCUUACAUGACCUGUUACAAGCAAAGAAAAAAUGGAAAUGGACUGAAGAGUGUGAGCAUGCAUUUAAGUAAGCAAAGAAAUUGUUGAUGUCAGCAAAAGUUCUUACGGACUUUGAUGUUUUGUUGCCAUUGCUACUGGCUUGUGAUGCUUCACAGUAUGAAGUGGGUGCAAUUCUUUCCACUUUCUUCCUGAUGGCAUGGAGAAACCAAUUGCCUUCACUUCACAAACAACUCAUUACAUCUGAGAAGAAAUAGGUGUAAAUAGAGCGAGAAUUUCUCAGCAUUAUCUUCGGAAUUCAGAAGUUCCAUACCUAUCUGUAUGAUAGACCUUUUACCUUGCUGAUGGAUCAAUGGCUGUUACUUUUCAUUUUUGGAUGGAAACAUGGAAUUCUGUCAUUAGCUGCUGCUCAUAUGCAACAAUGGGCAUUGCUACUUUCAGCUCAUUCUUAUACUCGUCAAUUCAGUAAAGGAACUCAGCAUGGCAAUGCUGAUGGGCUGUGAUGACUGCCAUGCCAUGCCUGCACUGCCAUCAACCCAAAGAAACUUCAGCCAAAGUGUUUUAUCUCAAUUUGAUGGAUAGGUUACCCAUCAUUAGCACAGACAUCAACAAAGACACCACUAAGGAUGAUGUGCCUUCUCUUAUGAAGGAAGUGGUACUACAAGGUAGUGUUGGAUCAGAAAAAUUCCCAGUGUACACAAUUCAUGUUACAUCAGUGUGAAUUGUCUGUGAAUCAUGGUUGCAUAUAAUCAAGAAUGCAAGUGAUCAUUCCAAGAUCACUCCAAUCUCAGGUUUUGGAAGCUCUUCACAAAGAACAUUUUGGCAUUGUGUGGAUGAAGGCCAUAGCCUGGAAUCAUGUCUGUGGCCGGGGAUUGACAAAGAUAUUGAGAGAAAGGCAAAGUUCUGUACUAUGUGUCAACAAAUUCAACAUAAUCCUGGCCCAUCUUAUCUACACCUUUGGUCAUGGCCUCAGACUCAUUGGACACAUGUAUUCAUGUGGACUUUGCCAGACCUUUGGAAGGUUAUAUGGUUUUGGUUGUAGUCAACACCUAUUUGAAAUGGCCAGAAAUUUUCCGAAUGACUUCAGCUACUAUUACCAAGACCAUUAGACAUAUUCAUACCUUGUUUAGCUAAUUUGGUUUACUGUUACAGUUGGUGAGUAAUAAUGGACCUCAUUUCUGUUCUGAAAAAUUUCAGAGGUUCCUUGCUUCAAAUGAAAUUCAGCAUAAACAUUCUGUUGCAUACACUGAGCUACAAAUGUACUAGCAGAACACUUAAGCAUGCCUUAAGAGCAACUAGUUACUAGUCUAUUUGAGUCAUCAACAGAAACUGGACAGAAACAGACAUUUGUUUUGCUUUUCUGCAGGAACACAACACAUGUUACAACCUGCAACUCUCUUCUUGAAGAAGUCUUUGCAUACCUCUUGGGACCUGCUCCAUCCUGAUGUUGUCUCACAUAUAGCCAAAUCCCAAGCUAUGCAAAUUGAUUGAUGAUGUGAGACUCAUCAUUGCUCUUUUCAAGUAGGAUAUUUAAAGUAGAUUUGCAACUAUGACUGUGAAGUGAAAUGGGUACUUGGAGAUCUUGUAAAAUGCACAAGACCUCUUUUGUUUGUGGUAAAACUAUCUGAUGGUAUUUUAUGGAAAUAACAUAUGGAGCAGUUGUAAUCUUGACAAGUACUAGAGUCCAGGGAUGUUCCAGUAGGACUUUCUGUUCCUCAGAUCAAACCUCCUUCUGUUAGAACUCCUAAUUUUGAUGACUUGGUGAAAAAAAACUUUGAUAUCAGAUCCAAUUGAUUUCUUACCUCAGUUGUUCCUGUUGUUCAGGAAACUAUCUACCACCAUCACCACAUUAUCCCAAGAGAGUGAGAAAACCAGUUGUGUGCCUGAAUUUAUACAUUGUUCAGUUAGUGAGUUGCUAUUCCAGGGCAGAAUAAUCCCUUGCAACUUGAGAGUCUGCAGUAGACCACCCACAACUUUAGUUAGGUUAUAUAGUUUUUGUUAGCCAUGUAAAUGACAAUGUAUAUGUAUUUGGAAAGCUUUUUUUAAAGUAGGGUGGAGGAAUGUGAUGUCCUAUCAUUUUAAAUGUUUCUGCACUCAUCCUCAGUACAAAGCCUCACUGUCAUAUUGGUUUCAGUUUUACUGCCAGAAGAACAAUAAUCUUUCCACAGCAGACAGCUGUGUUUCCAUUAGUCCCCUCUAUCUAUAUACUUCUCUGCUGGGUCCAGGUAUAACAAAACCAUUGGAACAUCUUCCCAAGGAUUAUAGUGGAUUCUUCAACACUGACAAUUUUUAAAUAAGGUUGAACUUUUUUUCUGAAAGAGGUACUGUCGUUCAAACAGCAGUCAAGUCAGAGAAGUUGUAUGGCCUGUGUUCUGUAGGACGUCAGACUAGAUGACCACAGUAGUUCCUUCUGGUUUUAAAAUCUAUGAAUUGUUGGCGCCCAAGCUCCUAAACUUCUAGGCUCCUCUGCAGAGUUGAGAGAGAACCUGGAAGUGCCAGGUCCCAAUCUCCUUGCUCAACCAGGGCUUCCAGGCUCCUAGUUCCACCCAUGACACCGUAUCCCCCAUGUUCACCACUUUUAUAAUGUUAUGGUAUAGUUUGUAUGAAGUAUGCCUUGUGAGGUAUCAUAGAAAAAAACUCAUACUUUGCUGAAUAUCAUUAUCCCAUUGAAAUGUGUGUAACAUUACUGCAUGUAAACUUAUGAGAUUUUGAUAUAUGAUUGUUACUCAAAUAUGCUGUAGUUCUGUGUAAUGCACACAAACCAUUUCCUCAGAGACAAAGGUACACUAGCAUGCCAGCGAGGUGCUAAAAGGCCAUUACCUACUUAACUGUCCAUUCACCAGCAGGGAGGGAGUGUAAACAAGAAAUUUACAUUGCAUUGCAUGAAUGUUUCAAACUGCAUGUACACAGCAGACUGUUUGUCUAAUCCCUGGUGGGGGGUAAUUCCCAAAGAAAGGAGGAGGGUAUAAAAAUAAGAGACAGUGACUUUCACAUCACCUCUCCUCCUUCUUCUCUAGGGAACAAGGCUUGGACUGAAGAAUAUGCAGGUGUUUCCCUGGGUGUAAUUCUUGAAUGGCUGAGAGAGCAUUCAUGGUAAUGUGGCUGGGAGUGAUUUUACAUGCUAGUGGCUGUAUGUGAGCAGGCCAGGUGCGGCUGUUCUGGCAGCAAAGCAGCACCCCAGGCUAUAGAGUUAAGGAGACACCUCUAUUCUAUAGUCCAUCUUGUACCCUGGGGAAUGUCACACACCCGACCCUCCUGGCUGACAAGGAGCCGAGAAACUGGAAACACUGGGAGUACCAACUCCCAAGUUCCCAGGGU